UAGAAAUCGACACAAAAAAAAAGUUCACCCAGACUAUCUACAGCCUUAAUCAAAUAGAUUCAACGCACUGGCCCAAUAAGCGCGUCUACCAAUCCUGUUUCUUUUUUUUCAAUCUGCAUGAAGAUCGAUUAGACUUGAUCCAGCAUACUCUGUCUACCCACACCCAUCAUCUGUCUGCCUGCUCCCCUGACUUCCCGAUACGCAAAGAUAUUUGGACGUCAUGAGUUGACCGCGUCCGCUCAGCCUCGUGAAUACGCGUCUAUAGAGGGAGACACGAUGACCAAGAUACUAUGUGUGGCUGAGAAGCCGUCCAUCUCCAAGGCUGUCGCCGGUCACCUCUCCGGCGGCCAGUUCCAAACGCACAGUACAAGCGUUCAAUACAUCAAGAAUUAUUCGUUUACUUAUGACUUUGGCCACCCAUGGGGUAACUGCGAGGUCACCAUGACCUGCGUUACCGGGCAUCUGACUGAGGUACAAUUUGGUCCCGACUUCAAAGACUGGCAUCGACCUACGCCCGACCAUCUAUUCAGUGCUCCUUUGCACACUCAGGUUGCAAAUAACAAGAAGGACAUAGCCGAGAACAUUCAGCGUCAAGCUCGGCACGCCCGGGCUUUGUUCAUCUGGACAGAUUGCGACCGUGAAGGAGAACAUAUUGGUAGUGAAAUACGAGAGGAAGCCAGGAAAGGCAAGCCUGGUAUCGAAGUCAAACGAGCGAGAUUCAGCAACAUCGAGCGGGCGCACAUAUUACAAGCUGCCAGAAACCCCGUCAACCUUGAUGAUAUGCAGGUUGCUGCUGUAGCAGCGCGCAUAGAGCUGGAUCUCCGGAUAGGCUUUGCGUUUACCAGGUUUCUCACCAUCAACCUGCGCUCUCUUAAUGGGCCGCUGAAAGACCUCGUGUUGAGUUACGGAUCAUGUCAGUUCCCUACUCUUGGCUUCGUGGUUGACCGAUACUUUCGCGUCAAGAAUUUUGUGCCCGAGACUUUCUGGAGCAUCAAGCUGAGCAUCAAGAAGGACGGAAAGAAUGGAACCUUCACCUGGACCAGGGGUCGCCUUUUUGAUCGAGCGUCUGUAAUAAUUCUCUACGAACGAUGCAUCGAGGCCAAGACUGCAACGGUCACCAAAGUACAGGAGAAGCCGACAAGAAAAUGGAAGCCGUUGCCUUUGACCACGGUCGAACUCCAAAAGAUGGCUACAAAGUUCAUCCGGAUAAGCGGUCAGCAAACCAUGGAAAUCGCAGAGAAACUCUACCAAAAGGGGUUCAUCAGCUACCCCAGAACCGAGACAGAUCGCUUCGACAAAGGUAUGAAUCUGCGAACCCUGGUGCAAAAGCAGACACAGGACGGUAGAUGGGGUCCAUUUGCUCAGGGGCUGGUUGAUGGCGGGUUUCAACAGCCUCGCAACGGCCGUCACGACGACAAGGCGCACCCUCCAAUCCAUCCAAUCACGUAUGCCACCGGCGCUGCCCUCGGCGAAAUCGGGGCGGAAGCAGGAAGGGUGUACGAACUUAUAGUUCGUCGGUUCCUUGCGUGUUGUUCGGAAGACGCUCAAGGCAUGGCUACGGAUAUUGAUGUGACCUAUGGACCGGAGACGUUCCAUGCGCAUGGCGUUGUCGUCAUAGAGAGGAACUACCUCGACGUCUACCCUUACGAAAACUGGAGCAACUCAGCGGAGCUGCCACGGCUCACCGUGGGUGAGCAGAUCAGCCCGGCCGAGGCGAUGAUGACUGAAGGCAAAACACAGGCGCCAAGCUAUCUUACCGAGGCUGAUCUAAUCGCUCUCAUGGAUGCCAAUGGGAUUGGGACUGAUGCCACGAUGGCGGAACAUAUCCAAACCAUCCAGACGAGACAGUACGCACGCACAACCGAACUACCAGGACGGAAUGCUCAACCAGGCGAUGGAGCCGUCGACGAGGAGGACGUAGCCGCACCAGCGGGAAGAGGAGGAAGGGGAGGACGGGGUCGAGGCCGAGGUCGUGGUGGCACACGAGGAGGAAGAGGGGGAGGCGGUGCAACCAGUAGAGGCAGUCGUGGUGGUGUGAAGGUCUUUGUCCCAACACAACUUGGUGUGGCACUGAUUGAGGGGUUUGACCGAAUGAACUUUGAGAUGAGUCUUGGCAAGCCGUUUCUCAGGCGAGAGAUGGAAGCCAAGAUGAAAGCAAUCUGCGAAGGCCGUGCAACAAAGGACGGGGUGCUCGAGGAGAGUAUACGCCAGUAUCGUCACGUCUACAACCUAUCGGCUGAGAAUCUCCACGUUUUGCGACAGGUAAAUCUGUCCCGAUGGCGGGGUAAGAAGGCGGCGGUCGUGUUGCGCAGCAGCAAGUUACGGAGAAAAGACGUAGUUGGACAAGCCGAGCUUUGUACCCGAGACUCCGAAUGCGGAUAUGGCAUUAAUUCAUGUGCAGGCAUCAUUGGUGAUGGUGAAGUCGACGCGUUAAUUAGGGCUUAUGCCCCCGCCAAGUUUAUCAACUCCACGUCUCCGCAGUUGUAGCUUUUUGGUCGAAACUCUUUUGUCCUGUGUCUUCUUCCUCGUCAAGAACGGAGGCCGCCGUGUCUUUUGAAAGAGAGUUUAUGUGGCGGCGUUGAAGGGGAGCAUUUACAGCCAGUCACUUGACGGCGUGAUGGUCACGAACGACCAAAUGGAUGACAAACAACUCGCAUCAUAAGGCGGAGGAUCCCGGAAUGAUUUACACAAGGUGGAAAUGCCGGGUAGCAGCGGGGCGAUGAUCUCGAAACCCACAUGUGGUGACUGGCGCCGCGACCUGUCAGAGUGCAGUACCGUAGUAUAUCCCCGCUCCCAGGAAGGCUCCUCCAGUGUCAUGUUCUCUCGUCGCGGACUUGGUUUCGAACCUUUGAGCCGUUAGGGGCUAAUGUACAGUACAAAGCGGGUUUGUGACAUGCUUUGCGAAAACCCGGGUUGUGGGGCCCCCGUUGCUGCUGCUGCUGCCGAUAGUACUCACAAACCAUGAUACAUGCGAUAGUCU